AUGAGCGAAGUCUUGUGGCCACGGUUGCAAACUCUGGUGGUACUGGCCCGCUGCCAGCUCUGGGUCUCAAUAGGAGGUAGCGUCAUGCCACAUCCCGAUACAGCCAUGAUGGAGGGUUUCGCGCGGACACUCCGAUCCAAGCAAUACGGCUUGCACCUCUUCACCUUGUCCCUUGAAACCCCGGAGAGCAUGGACUGGUUGACUAAGAUCAUUCAACAAAUCGUGGACUUGAACUCGACCACAUCUGGUGGGCCACGCCAGUAUGAACAGGAGUACGUUGAGAUGGACGCUAUACUGCACACCUGA